CGCAUGAGAGUCGGCCAAUAUUUCAUUACAAAUUUUCAAGGAAAUGAUACUUCCCAGUGCUCUGAGUUUGACAAUGUUAUCAUAAGUUUGUCCGAACAGCCAGUUGAUCCAAGAAUAGUUUUAUCCCCUCUUGUGUUUUAUUUUAUAAUAUUAGCAAUUCUUUUUGGAGCUAAUUAUUACUUGUUCCUGCUUAUCCUAAAAGAAUGGCAGAUAACGGAUAAAUUGUAUCAUUCCAUUAAGUCAAAAGCAACUCAAAAUGAAGUAUUGAUCGAAACCUCACAGCAUAUAAAUCCCUCUUCGGAAGAAAUCAGAGGAGUAUCUGGAAUAGUGCCUAGUGAUCUUCCCUCUAACAGGAAUUCUUCUUUGAUAGAUCAUCAACUGAUUAAAGAAUUUUAAGAGAGUUUCGGAUUUCCUUCCUAUUGAUUAUCUCAGUAAAAUGAUUUUGU